AUGUUCAACAUACAAAGUUAUCAAUUUAUGAAUGAAACACAUGAAACAUUAAAAUUUAAAAUUAAAGAACAGGAUGAAACAACUCGAUUAUUAAAAACUCAAGAUGUUGAUAAAACUUUAAUUGAUACAGAACUGGAAUCAAAUAUUAUUUCAAUUGUUAAAAAACAUGGUGCAGUUACAAUAGACACUCCAGUUUUUGAGCCAAAAGAAAUUUUAUCUGGUAAAUAUAGUGAAGAUGGUAAAUUGAUAUUUGAUUUAAAAGAUCAAGGCGAAGAACUUUGUUCGUUACAGCCACAAUAUCAAAAUUUUAAAAGAUAUCAAAUUGCUAAAGUUUAUCGUAGAGACCAACCUGCUAUGACCAAAUGUCAUAUGCAAGAAUCAUUGCCAUCCAAUACUUUAUCAUCUUCAUCAAAAUGCCAACUCCUCAGACUUCAAUUCUACCUUCACUAUAGUUUAGAUCUUAAACCCAAACUUGGAAGUUAUGUUCAUUGUCAAAUGAUUAUUAUUUACAGGGCCAAAGAAAGAAUUUAUUACAUCCAACAGAUAGUUGUUGAUUGUGCAAAGGAAAUUGAUUGGACAAAAGGACUUUCUAAAAGAUGGAGACCUGCUUGUUGUUCCAGAUGUUUAAGCAAGGGCUAUAUUACACUCCAAAUAAUUUUAAUGGCAAGAAGAUUUCAGCUUAUAGCAUUUUGA